AACCCAACCGCGAACAAUUCGCUCUAGCAGAGGAAUCGUCCCAAAGUAUCAGUGAAGCUGGAAAAUUCGGUCAGCAAAAGUUUUGCAAAGUGCAAGAAAGUACUUCAGGAAAGAAAAUAAUAUAAUAAUUAUUAAAUUAGGACUACCAUGAUUCUCCAUAAAAUAAUGAUAAUAAUCGACCGCAAUUCACAACUUUAAUCAAAAGAAGUUAUAAUAUAUGACUUUAAUACUUCUUAGUGAUCCGCUGUAUCUCAGAUGUCAUAAGCGACCUCGUUAAUUUUUUUGACGAUAUUUGUAUUAGGCGAGUUGUUGAGCUAUCGAUCUCGCUCCCGAUAUACGCGAACCCAUUGUUUGUUUAUUGUGGCUUAUUUCUAAACCAGAAAAGUCAGAUCUCUGAACAUUAUACUUUUCAUCUUUAAUACAAACUGCAACGAUGUCCCUUUUCAAGAAGCCGACAGACAAAGAGGUUUUGAAAAAAACGGAGAGAGACCUGAAGAAGACACAACGAGGAGUGGAUAGGGACAGAGUGAAAUUGGAGAGAGAUGAAAAGAGAUUAGAAAUGGAAAUAAAGAAGGCUGCCAAACAAGGCAACAAACAGGCAUGUGCAGUAUUAGCGAAACAACUCGUAAACUUAAGGAAACAGAAAGUUAGGUUAUAUGGGGCCAGUGCAACAAUAUCAUCAGUCAAUGCGCAGACCAAGUCUAUGGUAGCUAACAAAUCCACCGCAGAAGCCAUGGGGAGAACAGCAAAGGCGAUGGGUGCCAUGAACAAACAGAUGGACCCUCAGAAGGUGAUGAAAACGAUGCAACAAUUUCAGGUGGAAUCAUCCAAGAUGGAAAUGAAAGAAGAGCUGAUGGAUGAUGUAUUGGACAAUAUUCUAGGAGGAUCAGAUGAAGAGGAGGAAGACGCCAUCGUCAAUCAGGUCUUAGAUGAGAUCGGUAUUGAGGUUUCAGGGAAGCUUGCCGAUGCACCAGGGUACAAAGGAGCCCUCCCGUCAAAAGUGUCAGAAUCACAAGCAAAGGAUAAAGCUUUAGAAGAACAACUUGCCAGGUUAAUGAGGGAAUAACUCUAAUUUCUUUUCUGCUAGUAAUAAAUGUAUAUUUAUGUCAAUUUUUAUAUAUGUUUUUUUUUUUAUCGGUCAUUGACUAUUCACCAUUUGAAAUGCCAAUGAGAACUUGUCUAUGACACUAUGGGGUGUUUCAUGAAGUGUCUUCUUACUGAUUUUCAUUGACAAAUUAUCCCUUAGCCAAUCAGGUGCAAGGAUUUUAGUAGCUUUUAACAGCUGUUACUGAAAAUUUGUGAUGGAUUGCUUCAUGAAACAUUCCCUUGUGAAAGGAUAUUUAUGUGAGUAUGGUUGUUCAACAUACAUUGCUUUCUGUAUUUAUAGUGUAUUGGAUUUAUACAAGGACAUCAAUUAUAAAAGCAAACAGUUUUGUGAGGAAUGUAUUUUCAGAGUUUGAGGAGUUACUGCAGCCCCAAAUAUUGAAGCUCUCAGGUCAUAACAUGUAAUCUUUCUUACCUAACUUUGAUCAUGUGUUAAGAAUAAAUAGAGGUUUUUCGUUGCAGUAAAAUAGGUAUUGGUUGUCAUUUGAUAAUUAUAGUCACCUUCGUAUGCAAGGAGUAUGUUUUGUUAUCAAUGAAGAUUAAAUAUAAAUUCUCAUUUGAGUAUAUACUUGAAGAAACUAUUCAUAAAUGCCGCUUAUCUUUCAGUUCAGGUCAGUUCAAUUCAUUUCCAUAUUCCAAGCAUCAUGAUUUUUACCCCUCUUAAAUUCCAGGCCCAGCGUUAGAUUAAGCUCGUCAAUAUACAAAAUGACCCACUCUCUGUCAUUUUUGGCAGUGUAAUUUUUAUUUCUCAUUGACACCGGUCUACUUCAUGCACAAAAGGUUACAUGGGAGCAAAGAGCAUUUCUCUCAUCAAAAUAUAUUAUACAUAUAUACCAGGCUUUGAGUAAGUAUAGCUGGACUUAUUUUUCCGAGAUUGGACUGGCAUUACUAUUUUUCCCCAAAGCCCCGAGGGAAAAAUAGUAAUUUUGCCAGUUCACCCAAGGAUGAAUAAUUCCCUAUAUACUUUUGAAAUAAUGGCCUUGUAUGUUUGUUUUUUUAUCCUACAUUUAAGAAGAUAGAACAAUAGAUCUUCAUAAUCUAGUUUUUGUACUCUUAGUUCAUCCUUUUCUAAUCUGAACCAAAAUAUAGAUACUGCGCUGUGCUGACUUGACCUAUUUUUCUUGAAGCCAUGUGCUCAGCGAAACGCGGAUUUGUGCCUCGCUGAUGGCCGGUGUGCCCAAGAGAUUGCAUGAUCUGUGUCAAUGAUCUUUGACGUCAAUGAGUGCACUAUUCCAUCAUUGACGUCACGGGAUAGUAAAUUCUCUUCAGUUGGCGUUUCAUUUUCAAAAUCAUAGCAAAAUAACAAGAAUAUGUUUGGUCACAUGAUGCUAUUUAAACCAAUCAGCGCACAGGAUUUAAUUUAUGUAGGAUACCGGUAUGAUAAAAUGUAAUUUCACAACUGUAGUCUAUGCAAAUCGCUUAGUCAGCUUGAACAGAAUUUGAAAAAUAACUGCAUUCCAUCUUACGGACAUUUGAGAUUCACUCAGUCAGUCUGAAAUAUGGAAAGCUCUUGAUGAUAUAAUCCAUCAACAAAGGCAUUGGCACUGUGUUAUUGUGAAUAAAAAGGGGCUUGAUGCCACAGUCGCACAGGCCAAACUGACUCCAGGAGAACCAAAUUUUAUCACAUUAUUUACAAUGACAUACUUUGGGUUAGUUUGGAGGGGGUUUCGUUGUGACUGAAGCUUGAUUUGGCAUACAAACACAAUCAUGAGUAUAAUUUAAAGAGUCAUCUAGGCCAUGUCUUACAAAGAGUUGUGAUUGAUCCGAUCAAUCACAGCAACUUCAACAUCUAUAUGCAUGUUUGAUCAAAAUAUUUUCUAACUAUGAUGUAUUUUCAUGCAUUCAUUGUUAUCUUGAAAAUUCACUGUGCUUCUCUUUGUUUACAAAGGACAUUGUGCAAAUUUCCUGUAGAAAAAAUUGACACUGAUGGAUUUCCAUAGAGUUACGAUUGAUUGGAUCAGUCGUCACUCUUUGUAAGACUGGGCCCUGAUUUUACACAUGCAUUUCAGAUGAUUGUGAUGUUACUUGCAAUUAAUUUUUGAGAUGGUAGGAUUAAUCUAAACCCUUUGUGAAACAGGGGCCCAGGUUUCAAUGUUUUGUAACUUUUUUCCCUUUCUGUAUUAAAUUAAUGCAUAUGUUCUUUUUUGUAUCACUUUGUGUCAUAAAUGCUUUAAUUCCAUCUCGAGUCAACAUCGAAUUUUUGUAUUUCUGUUGUGUAUUUUCGAAGGAAUGUGACCACUUGGUUUAGUAUUGAUCCUGGUGAUCUGAUGGACUUUUUUGCCACUCUUGACAUUUUCCUGUUGCUUUUCAAACAAGCUUUUAAAAUAAUAUCAGAUGCCUUUUGUAUCUUCAUGAGUAAGAGCUGCAAAGCUCUUGUACGAAUCCUGUAUUGUCGAGUCAUGUUAUUUUUUAAUGUUACAAACUGUAAUAGUAUAGUUGUAAAUCUAUAUAUAUGAGAGUAUUUUGUAUCUAUAAAAUGUAAAUAAAUGCCCAUUAUAAAUGA